CCUUCCUUCCUUCUUCUUCCUUGCUUGCUUAUUCAUUUUUGGUUUUCUUUGCAUCUAACAGGUAUAGAGGCAACAGAAUCCUUCUUCAAGGCGGCCAAGACCUCCUGGUUCUUCCGCGCAGACCUCCCAGCCCGCCUAGUCACCUCCGCACUCAGUCUCCCGCCACCUGCAGGGUGCGUGCCGGCCUGGAAGGGUCACCUCGCGCUCCCAACUGCCCUCUGGUCGGCCAACUGCCAGGAUUCUGGCUGGACUUCAGGACAUCAGGCUAUGUUGUUCAUCCUGUUUCUGCUCAGUGAGGUCCGGGGAUUCCAACCAGAAUAUGAUUCUGAAAAAUUAUUUGUGCAAAUUGUGGUUCCAGAGAAAACAGGGUCUGUGACAACUGACGGAGUUGAAACACAGGUGUCCUACAACAUUGAAAUUAAAGAGAAAAUAUACGCUGUAAGGCUAACGCAAAAGAAAUUUUUACCUUCUAAUUUUAGAGUUUAUAGAUAUAAUGGAACAGAAAUAAUGCAACCUUUUGAAGAACAAUUUCAGGAGCUCUGCUACUACCAAGGGUAUAUAGAAGGUUACCCAAAUUCUAUGGUGAUCGUUAGCACAUGUACUGGACUCAGGGGCAUACUACAGUUUGAAAAUAUUAGUUAUGGAAUUGAACCUCUGGAGGCUUCCAUUGGUUUUGAACAUGUGAUUUAUCAAGUAAAGGAUAAGAAUGCACAGUUUUCUUUAUAUACAGAGAAGGAUGUAGAGUCAAGAGAUCUUCCCUAUAAAAUACAAAGUGUACAGCCAUCAGAAUUUUCUCAGUAUAUAGAAAUGCAUGUUGUAGUGGAAAAAUAUUUGUACAAUCGUAUGGGCUCUGAUACAGCUAUUGUGACUCAAAAAAUUUUUCAGUUGAUUGGAUUGACAAAUUCUAUUUUUACUUCAUUUAAUGUUACAAUAAUUCUGUCUUCAUUGGAGCUAUGGAUAGAUGAAAAUAAAAUUGUAACCACCGGAGAUGCUAAUGACUUAUUACAUAGAUUUUUAUCAUGGAAAAGAUCUUAUCUUGCUUUACGUCCGCAUGAUGUGGCAUUUUUGCUUGUUUACAGAGAAAAGUCAAAUUACGUUGGCGCAACCUUUCAAGGGAAGAUGUGUGAUAAAAACUAUGGCGGAGGAGUUGCUCUGCACCCCAGAACUAUAAGUCUGGAAUCACUCUCAGUUAUUAUAGCUCAGUUGCUGAGUCUCAGUAUGGGCAUUGCUUACGACGACGUUAACAAAUGCCAGUGUCCGGGACGUGUCUGUGUGAUGAACCCAGAAGCCAUUCAUUCCAGUGGUGUGAAGAGCUUCAGUAACUGCAGCAUGGAAGAUUUUGUGUAUUUUAUUUCAAAGCAGAAGUCCCAUUGUCUUCAGAAUCAGCCACACCUAGUUCCAUCUUACAAGGCGGCAGUUUGUGGUAACGGCAUAGUGGAAGAAGGAGAAAAAUGCGACUGUGGAUCUGAAGAGGAAUGCGCUGUUACCCAGCCAGCAUGCUGCACUGCUGCCACCUGUCAGCUCUCAGCAGGUUCCACUUGUGCCACAGGGUUAUGCUGUGAAAAUUGUCAAUUUCAAGCCAAAGGACGUGAGUGUAGGAGUUCCUCUAAUGAAUGCGAUCUCCCUGAGUAUUGCAAUGGGAGCUCCGAAUUAUGCCAAGAAGAUUUCUUUGUUCAGAAUGGGCAUUCAUGUGGACAGAAUCAAUGGAUCUGUUUGGAAGGCCAGUGCAUUAGUGGAAUCAAUCAAUGUUCGGAUUUAUUUGGUGGAGAGGCAGAUUUUGGUAAUGAAGAAUGUUUUAAUUACCUUAAUUCUAUGGCUGAUCAAUCUGGCAGCUGUGGUUCAGAUGCUUCAGGUUACAAAAAGUGUAAUCCUAGUGAUGUGAAUUGUGGAAAACUGAUAUGUAUCUAUACCAGUGAAGAAUUAAUCAAAAUUCCAGAUGCCACUACUAUUUAUGCCAACAUAAGUGGACACAUCUGCGUUUCCAUCGACUACCCCUAUGAUCAUCAGGAAAAUGCGAAGAUGUGGGUAAAAGAAGGAACUGUUUGUGGUUCAAAUAAGGUUUGCAAGGAUCAUGCAUGUGUGAGUUCUUCAUAUUUGGGUUUUGAUUGUACUCCACAAAAAUGCCAUCAACAGGGUGUGUGCAAUAACAAGAAAAACUGCCACUGUGACGCUCCAUAUUUGCCUCCAGAUUGCCAAACUAUGAAAAAUAACUGGCCCGGUGGGAGUAUUGACAGUGGGAACUAUCAAUCCCAACUUGCACAGGCACCUGACAGUAGAGGGAGCUACGUUGAGCAGCGUGUUUACUAUCCCAAACCUACAAGAUGGCCAUUCUUCUUAUUCAUUCCUUUUUUCCUUGUUCUCUGUGUACUGAUCGCUUUCCUGGUUAAACUUCGGUUCCAAAGGAAAAAUGAGAGAAAUAAGGACUAUUCAAGCAAUGAGCAACUUGAAAGUGAAUGCGAAUCCAAAGAGUAGCCUGGACAACAGAGAUUCCAUGCUGUAACAAGUAAUUAUCUGCAAUGGACAGAAAAAAAUGGAAAAAAAAAAAAAGAGAGAGAAAGAAAACUGGCAUUACCUGAUUUCUUGGGAUUCACGCCUGCACAUUCUGAUUGUAAUCUGACUAGAAAAGAUGAUCUUAAUAUAUACAUUUAUAUCCAUAUGGAAUAUUUGCAUGUCCACAGAUAGCUCAUUUAUAAGAAAUGCAUGAUUAUGAGUUUUACUUUGCAUAUUUCUUGUUUUGACCGUGACCCCACACUUCUGUUCGUCAGCAGACAUAAGGAAAAGUUAUAAUAAAUGUUGUCUCAUGA